AUGGUACCAAAGCCACAUGUAAAGUUCAAAGACCCUCCCUCGGAUAGUAUAAACUCCGAUGGUCCCGCUGAGGGGGUUUAUGCAGAUUCUAAGAUGGAUCGUAAUGAUAACGAUGUUGGUGGAAAUCCAGAAUCUUAUAAUCACAAAUCUCCUGAAAACGCACAUAAUUCUAGUCACAUGGGCAAUUAUUUGCGACCUUCUUACAUACGUAACCAUGGAAUGAAGGUAAAUGAAUUAGCAGAACCGGUGAAAGAGAUCAAAGAUAAAUGGAAGAUAUUACCAUGUUAUUUUGGUAUGCGUGGCAUAGCACGCCAACAUAUCAACUCAUAUGAUGAUUUUGUCUUGCGUGAAAUUAAAGAAAUUAUGAAUGCCCCUAGCAAUAAGAUUAUACGUACCGAUGUGGAUCCACAGUUCAUGCUUGAGUUUGUAGAUAUUAGAAUUGGGAAACCAUGUAUUGAGGAAAAUAUGGUUGCUGUGAUGUUGACUCCUCAAAUGUGCAGAAUCAGGGAUUUGACAUAUAGUGCUCCAAUAUACGUUGAUGUAGAUUAUGUUAGAGGUCCAGAAUUUGUCAGAAAAGAAAACCUUGAAAUAGGAAGGCUGCCAGUUAUGCUCAGAAGCUGUGUUUGUGCACUGAGCAAAAAUGUCCAAAAAAACUCUUCUGAUAAUGAUUAUUCUGAAUAUAAAAAGGAUUCAUCGCAUAAUAAGUAUAUUGAUGAAGUGUAUGGUGAUACGUAUAAUAAGGAUUUUGAUUUCAUGAGUGACGAUUACAAGGAAUCAUUCUAUGAGUUUUCAAGACUUAAUGAAUGUCCGUAUGACCCUGGUGGUUAUUUUAUUAUCAAAGGGGUUGAAAAAGUUAUUCUUAUGCAAGAACAACUUUCCAAAAGUAGAAUCAUCGUUGAGAUGGAUCAAAAGAAAAACAUUUGCGCUUCCAUAACUUCGGCAACUGCUGAAUCCAAAAGUAGAACAAGUGUAGUUUACAAGAAUGGACAGCUUUAUGUUAGACUAAAUAGUUUUACUGAUGACGUUCCUUUGUGUAUUGUAUUAAAGGCUAUGGGUGUGGAAACAGACCAGGAAAUCGCACAAUUAAUAGGAUCAACCAAACUAAAAGGUAAAACAGAUAUGGAUAAUUUGGCAUAUUCCAAUGACUCCACAGAUGACAUUGAUCUUUCAGGUACCACAAACUAUAAAUCAUCCGCGAUGGGUUCUACACAUGGCAACUCUGGGUCUGAUUAUAGUUUGUCACUUCACGAUUUGUAUAAUGAAGGAAUACAUUCUAGGCUUGACGCUCUUUUAUACAUUGGUCGAAAGAUACGACCUAGACCUAUAGCUAAGGGAUUUUUCUCAAGUAACAAGGAUUCAACACCAAAAACUCGUCAAUCAAUACUUGAGGAUACACAUGAUUUGUUCAGCAGAGUUCUACUUUCUCAUGUUCCGAUGAGAGACUGCAGAGAUUUUUCUGGAAAAAUUAAGACUUUGUGUUUAAUGGCUAGAAGAGUUUUGAAUGUGGUUAGUGGAAAUGAACCUUUGGACGAUAAAGAUCAUUACGGUAACAAAAGGUUAGAAUUGGCUGGUCAGCUUAUAUCUAUUCUUUUUGAGGAUUUAUAUAAAAAAUUCAUAGCUCAAUUUAAAAAACAAAUAGAUCAAACUUUAGAUAGGUUUAUGGAUUCUAAAAGUAGUGGUACUAGGGAUACUAACCUACAAUACCCUGAUAUUAUCAGGAAUCUUCCCACAGAUAUACUUACCAGAGGUAUGCAAACUGCAAUCUCUACUGGAAAUUGGAAUAUAAAGAGGUUUAAAAUGGAACGUAGUGGAGUUUCACAUGUUCUGUCUAGGUUAUCUUAUAUAUCUUGCAUAGGAAUGAUGGCAAAAAGUAAUUCCCAGGUGGAAAAGGGUAGGAAAGUAAGUGGUCCUCGUGCAUUACAACCAUCGCAAUUUGGCUUGAUUUGUCCAUGUGAUACUCCGGAGGGUGAAAGUUGUGGUCUUGUUAAAAAUCUGAGUUUGAUGAGUCAUGUUACAUCCGACGGUGAUGUUGAUCUAUUGAUAUCUCUAUUGUAUUGGUUGGGUGUAGAAAGUUUUAACUCAUUAACGGCCUCAGAUGGUUUUGAUGAUCCUUCAAACUCAACUGUUUUGCUCAAUGGAAUAUUAUUGGGUGUACAUCAAAAUUCUAAGGAGUUGAUAAGAAAUAUUAUAAGUCUACGCAGACGGGGAAUAAUAAAUCCGUUUGUAUCUGUCUAUGAAAACUAUCACCACAGACAAGUUCAUGUAUCUUCUGAUGGAGGACGUCUAUGUCGACCAUUAAUAGUUGUAGAAAAUGGUUUUCCACUCCUCACUGAUUCACACAUAAAUGAUCUUGUCUCGAAGAAGAUAUCCCUGGAUUAUCUUUUCCAAAAUGGUAUCCUAGAAUGGAUUGACGUUAAUGAGGAAAAUAAUCUGUUAAUUGUUAUGAGGGAAUCCGACAUCACUAUUGAAACAACCCAUUUAGAAAUCAGCCCAAUGAGCAUUUUGGGUGUUGUCGCAGGACUUAUACCAUUCCCUAAUCAUAACCAAAGCCCAAGAAAUACCUAUCAAUGUGCUAUGGGAAAACAGUCUAUUGGUACAAUAGGAUACAACCAACUGAAUCGCUGCGACACAAUAAUAUAUCUUCUAGCUUAUACGCAAAAACCACUGGUCACUACUAAGGCUAUACAAUUGGUUAACUUCGAUAAGCUUCCAGCAGGUCAAAAUGCAAUUGUUGCCGUGAUGAGUUAUCAGGGUUAUGAAAUCGAGGAUGCUAUUGUUAUUAAUAGGGCUUCAUGUGACAGAGGAUUUGGAAGGUGUUUUUCUCUACGUAGAAUCACCCAAGAGAUUGAGAAAUCGACUGAUAGUGACCUUGACCUAAGCAUGACUUAUAGAAAUGUGUCUAGAUGCAUCACUCCUUUCGGUAGUAAAGUUCGCAGCAUGGACGGAAACAUGCGUCCAAAUACUAAUGUUGAUUAUGUCAUAAAUGUAGGAGAAAGGGUAACAAAUCAGCAAGUCAUACUUGAUAAAUCUCUAUUCUCAACCGUAAACUCACAACUUAGUCUUGAGAACUUGACUAUUACCAGAAAGAUUUCUACAAACCAAUUAGUUGAUCCCUUGACUGUCCUUAUGGAUACUUCUUCGGAACAAUCCGAUCCUAAUAAAAAGAAUGUAUCAUUUAAGGAGGGGUCCGUUAGUGUGUCAUCUACUGGAAGGGUUCCUUUAGCCAACUUUGGGGCUGGUUCCAAGAUGAAAGCCGUAAAAUACCCAUUUAACAGACCUGCGUAUAUUGACAGAAUUAUUUGCUCAGAAACUUUGGGUGGAACAAGAUUAUAUAAGAUAAUGUUACGUCAAAUGAGAUCACCUGAAGUUGGCGAUAAAUUUAGUAGUAGACAUGGUCAAAAGGGAGUCGUGGGUCUGAUUGAAUCUCAGGAAAAUCUUCCAUUUAGUGAGUUUGGAUGGGUGCCAGAUUUAGUAAUGAAUCCACACGGAUUUCCUUCCAGAAUGACUGUAGGAAAAAUGCUUGAACUUGUAGCCUCAAAAGCGGCCGUUUUAGAUGGCUUAUUUAAGGAUGGAACUCCAUUCCAGGAAAACACUCUUCCGGAGAUAGAGAGAAUCCUCGAAAGCAAAGGAUUUCACAAGGCUGGAAAAGAGAUUCUUUAUUCUGGUAUAACCGGGGAACCUUUGGAGACAUAUAUCUUUACUGGUCCCAUAUACUAUCAGCGACUAAAGCACAUGGUACAAGACAAAAUACAUGCAAGAUCACGCGGUCCACGUCAUAAUAUAAAUCGACAACCUACCGAGGGAAGAUCUAGAGAUGGUGGUUUAAGACUUGGUGAAAUGGAAAGAGAUUGUCUAAUUGCAUACGGAGCCUCCGGACUAAUCGUCGAGAGACUUAUGCUCAGUAGUGACGUAUUCACGUUGGACGUCUGUAGACGCUGUGGUUUUAUUGGGUAUGAUGGAUGGUGCACAUAUUGUAAGCAACAUGGUCUCACGGUACAAGUAGCUAUCCCGUAUGCGUGUAAGCUUCUGUUCCAGGAACUCCAGGCUAUGAAUAUCAAACCCAGCAUCAUACUGAGGGAAGGAAGGAACUAG